AUGGCUGUUCUUGACGACUGUCCCGGCCUCAAAGCGGAAAUCAUCGUGUACGCACAACCGCUCGAAGAGUAUGUCGAUGAGGACGAGGAGGACCCACCAAAGACGGUAACGAAGUAUGUCGAGGCUCAAUCUGGGGCGGAGUUUGCUCUCAAGUGGAAAUUCAGCACGCCGUUUCCCACUCAAUAUGGCGUUCAAGCUGUAGUGCACAUAGAUGGUGUGGCCACGUACAACACAGUGAUGUGGCCGGAGGACUUGCAUGGUCGACGCGGUUUUGCCAACCAGGGUGGCAUUUUUGAACAAGACGGGGUUAGAUUCAUCCAGAACUAUCGCUUCACGGCAUUGAACAUUGUCGAAGAAUCAGAUGGCCCAGUAAAUCUGGAGAAUGUCCGGAAGGAUGUCGGGUCGAAAGGCUGCAUUACCCUAACUUUAAGAUUCAUCACAAACAUACGUCGUUCAGGUAGUCCAAAUAAGGCGCGAGGACAGGCCCCAUUGUCAGCCAUGGGUGCAGUUCCAGAAAAAGCGUUGAAAGGGGACGCUCGCUCACAUCAGACUACGUAUGUAACGAAACACUCGUCUUGCUGGCCUCGGGUGCGGUACGACAAGGUCGAUAAUGAGCCGUUCGCUACCGUCGUCUUUAGAUAUAGAUCCCUAGCUGCGCUCAAAGCACUUCGUAUCAUCCGGGAUGUAGAAAAAGCGAAUAAAGUUACACCUACGAUACCGCUUCUCCUGCAGCGUAUGCGGAGGCGAGAAGCAGAGAGGCGAGACAUCAAACAAGAAACAGGUAUCGAGCGACAACCCAAGCGUGAACUUGUCGCGGCGAACGACAAUGACGAUAACGACGAAGUGACGGUAAUCGAGACAAGGUGUGUCAAGCGACCUCGUGGCGAGCCAGAGGUCAUUGUGCUAGAUUGA